GCUAUUUAUAAAAAAAAAAAAAAAAGAUUGUACUGUCCAUUCAGUAUUUAAACUAGAAAGGCAAAAAUAUCUAAGAGAAAAACUUCACCUACUGUAGAAUAAGAAAUGCUCUACUAACCUACCAUUCCACUGGAAAAGCCAUCCUCUUGCAAGAUUUUGCUUGGCAGCAUUUCGCUACUGCUGCUGAGACCGUGUCAGGAUCUGCUACCCCAAGAGUUACUGUGGGGAGACUAGUGAAGUUACAUCAUGAAUAUCAAUUUCAAACAACAACCUGAGCCUGAGUUCAAAUGCAAAGAAAUAACACAGAGAAGUCCGAGUGAUUCUCCUUUUGGAAGAACCGGUGGAACUUAUUUUCUCUCCAGACACAUCCCACAUCCCAGGACAGUCUGCCAUAUUCAAGGGUUAAAUAAUGCGCCUGUCUGUGUUGUGAGAGAUGCGGGCACUUUUUCAAGACCACACCAGGCUGCCAGCAAAAUCUUAACCCCACAGCGAGAACAUGAUCAGCAUCAUGAGUUAAGUGGACAAAGCAUGGACAUAUCAUCUCCCAGAAGCUCUAUGCUAAAUCUCCAGGCUUAUCCACACAUUGGGAAAGGGCUAUCACGACCUGGUUCACAGCCUGGGAGAGAAGAAAUGGCUGAGUUCUCUAAAAGGACAAGAGACUUCCUUGCUUUACUGAGAAAGGAAGAGUCUUUGAAAAAAGCACAAGCUCGUUCACUGACUGCAGCUGGCCAGGAGAUCCAGCCUUCUUCUCUUACUCGUCCCUCUUCGCCAGCCCGUUUUAUGCAUUACAGGCCAGAAGUCAGAGAGAAUGUGAACUAUGCCCCAAACUAUCUGGAUCAGGAAAUAAAAGUCUUGGAAAAACUCCGUGACAUUCUACAGACAGACUCCCUUGCAGAGAUUCAAGAGUGGCUGUCAAGGGCAAGUAUAAAAGAGAAAGAGUUUAUAUCAAAUUUGAUUCGCUCAGAAAUGACUAGCAGAGACUUGUUGAAUUAUCGGCAAAAUACCCCAAAAGAAAAUGCAGUGAAGAACUUCCAUUUCCAUGAUACAAUGAAGCCUUCUCAUGCCCCUUGGACAGAACCUAGGGAGGAAAUUAACAAGUUCAGGCCUUCAAGUAGAGCAUCAGAUACAAGUGGAGGAACGGAAGAAGAAACAGAGAGAGACGAUAAUUUGCCCACAAGAGGGGUGAGAGUUACAAGUCCAAUUUCUGAAAACUUACACAGAGGGAGGUCUUCCAACUCCCAGGGAACGAGCUACAGCCCUUCCUUAGCACGACGACAGAAGCCCCAUCUCCGCUACAGCAAGUUACCCGCUGACCAGAAAAGCCUUACUGCCAAAGAAUAACUUCCUCUUCAAAGCUGCUGAAGCCGCACAAUUGUUCCCUUCAAGGAUUACAUUAUGUACUAUUAGCCACAAGAAUUAAAAAACAAAAACACAAACCUAAAUCUGACUCUCUUUU